UCUGUAGUCAGUACUAGCACUUGGUUUUGGUGUGAGUGUGCUGCUGACAUAAGAUAGAGAUUCCCGGCCACGUAAGUACUAUUAAUACACCGCGGGAGAGGAUGUCUUGCUGAAACAAGGGAUCGGCCCGGGGAAAAACGGCCACCCCUUCUUACCAGCUGCACAUAAUUAAAUUUUCCAAUAUAUAUAUAUUAUUAUUAUUUUUGGAUAAAAAAACGAAUUUGCACUUAAAAGACAUUCAACUUCCAACCCGGAGAAGGACUAAUAAUCUUGCAUCAUUUAUUCUGCAUGGAUGUACACCAGUGAGGCCUAAACUCCCGGAGCAGAGGAAAUCGGAAACCUCUCAUCUGCCCUUGUCCUUGUUAGCACUUUCUUUGGCGUUGCGGUAUCUUUGACUCAGCAUAUUUUAGGCAUUAAUGCAUGUUGCAGUUAUUUUUUUCCUUGCAACGAAUAACGUUCUGCAACACUGAAUAUUCGCAAAAGCACGCCUGAAUGACCUUUUUAAUAUUCGUUUAAUUUUCUGAAUUUUUGCGUUUAGGAUAAGGAUCAAGACGCCACCUACAGUUGGGAAGUUGGUGCUUUUUUACUGUAAGAUUGCCUGACUUUUUUCUGAUUAGUUUCUAGUUACGGUUUGCAAUCCACAGUUCCACGUAACCAGUUAAAAGGACAGAACCCUGUUGCCAAGUAACUUAGAAUUUAGAACAUUAUUUUAAGAUCAGUAGGUCCAGAAAAAGAAUAAUAAUGUUGACAUUGUUUCUUUACAUAUUUGUGUUUUGAAUAUUUUAAAUAUUCCAACAUUUUGUAUCUUGACUCAUAAAUAUUUGCUUAAGAUUUGCGUUUUGACAGUGCUUGCCUUCAAAAGACAGACCGGUACACUGCAGCAGUAUAUGAAUCGAAAACAGUUUGUAAUAUUAAACAAGGCGAUCUCAGCCGGAGUCAUUGGGCUGUUAGUGUUAUUAGUAUUGUUUGUUACACCAAUUUUGUAGGGAAGGAAUUUGGUAUCGUAUACUCAUGAACAUACAGAGAUCAACCCCCAUUAACAUAACACGUUAUGGGAGAUCAAGGCAUAAAAAUCACGACUUUGAGGAGUUAUCGUGUUUAAGGACUACCGAAUCGAUUCAGAGUUUCAGUCCGAAUUUAGGUUCUCCGAGUCCCCCAGAAACUCCGAACUCGUCGCACUGCAUUUCAUGCAUUGGGAAAUACUUACUGUUGGAGACACUUGAGGGAGACCACGUUUUCAGGGCUGCGCACUUGCACAGUGGAGAAGAGUUCGUAUGCAAGGUAUUUGAUAUCGCCCGAUAUCAAGAAUCCUUAGCAGCCUAUUUUUGUUUAUCGGCACAUGAAAAUAUAAACCAGAUUGCAGAGAUCCUCCUUGGUGAAGCGAGGGCUUACGUGUUCUUUGAGAAGAGCCAUGGGGAUAUGCAUUCAUUUGUCCGUACCUGCAAAAAGCUCAGAGAGGAUGAAGCUGCCAGACUGUUCCAUCAGAUAGCGUCAGCUGUUGCGCAUUGCCAUGACAGUGGAGUCGUACUGAGAGACCUCAAGUUAAGGAAAUUUGUCUUUAAAAAUCAGGACCGGGGUUUUGUUAAAUUAGAAAGUCUGGGGGAUGCAUACAUUUUGGAGGGAGAAGAUGACUCUCUGUCCGACAAACAUGGCUGUCCGGCCUACGUGAGUCCUGAGAUCCUGAACACAAGUGGCAGCUACUCUGGAAAGGCAGCAGAUGUGUGGAGCCUGGGUGUGAUGCUUUAUACUAUGUUAGUUGGACGCUACCCCUUCCAUGAUGUGGAGCCUAGUUCUCUGUUCAGCAAGAUCCGCCGAGGGCAGUUUAGCAUUCCUGAAACUCUCACCCCCAAGGCGAAAUGCCUUAUCCGCAGCAUCCUCCGCCGAGAGCCUGCUGAACGGCUCACGUCUCGGGAAAUCUUGGACCACCCCUGGUUUGCUUCAGAUAUCCAUGCCUCCAGUUCAGGAUGUGGUGGAAAUAAGGAGGCUUCAGAUCAGCUGGUGCCUGAUGUUAAUAUGGAAGAAGAGUUGGACAAGUUUUUCAGCUGAGCAGCACAUACACAAGUGAGCAUGUCUGGAAGACACAAUGGCUGAAGACUUUUAUAACAUGAAGGAGUCCUUUUCCGACCCCAUUUAUUCGCACCCAGGAUCAACCUAGCUUGGCAGCAAAUGCAGUAUCUUUAGUAAGCUUUGAGGAGCUGCAGGACGUAUGAAAUGCAGAUGAAAUGUAGCAAUUUCUUUGGAAAGUGGUGCUAUCAAGUUAGAUUGAUACUAGUGGGGGAAACUACAAACACAAUAAAAAUAAAAAGGCAACAUGGAGCAUAGCUUCUCAUCUCAUAAAGCCAAGGGGGGGAAAAAAAGAAAAACAGUUGACUGUACAUGCAGCAUAAUACUCCAUUUUUGUUUAUAAAGAUAGCUGGCAAGACACAAAUAAUAAUAAAAAAAAAAAAAAUAUAUAUAUGUUUGUUUUUUGAUUCGACACACAUUUGGCAUCGUACUGUUAAAUAUAUUUUUUUUUUGGUUUUUCUUGGCAUUCAGGUAACAAGCAAUUUCUAGUACACAGGUACACAGACAAAAUGUGGGUGCUAACAUAGACAACUACUACAACAAUAAAUCAGUUAAUUUCUCUAUAUAGCCAUUUUCAGCAACUUGUGUAAUUCAACCUCAUUUAUUCAACGUCAGCUACUUGGUAUUCUUGUAUUUUUUUUCUUCUUUUUUUAUGAUUUGCUCCCAUAAGGGAAAAGUAACUUAUUUACUGAACUGUUUGUCGACUGCCUUUGCCGCAGUAAGCUAGUCUAAUUUCAAACCAAUUGUGUAACUGCUAUUUUAAAAGAUGUAUUAUUUUUAUUAAGUUCAUAAAAUAUACAGGGUUUAGAAAUACUUGCUUCCAGAUCUGACAUAACGCACUUGAUUUUCAGGGGGGGGGGGGGGGGGGGUAAGAAAAGAGAACCAUUGGGCUGUGAUUUGAUAGACCAGUCAAUUCAGUUAGCAGAAAAGUUCAAACUAUUUAAUUGUAAGUAUUUUAAUUUGUUCGUACCAAGACAAAUGUAAAAUUGAAUUUAACACUUUUUAUAAAUAAAUAUUUUCAAAAUAAAGAUAGCAAAUAACAUAAGGUGUAUUUAUUUGUUUUUAAAAACUUUGACUGGUCUGAGAACGAAGCCAUGUAUGACAUGGGGUUCAGUUAGGGAUUGCAUCGACUCAGGGCUUGCAUUGGGAUAAACUACAGUAUCUGUAGCUUAGAUGAACGGAGUUGCUUUUGCCAGUAUAGGAUUUAUUACCCACUUAGUUAAAUACUUAAUUAUGAUGCUAACAAUUAGCUUUUGUUAUGUAUCUGAACAAGAGUGAAAGUGGUAAACUUUCUGGUCUAUGACUUAGUGAAGGCCCUGUAGACUUCAGUUAAAAAGUAUGUAACAUAAAAAGGACAUUGUGAUCAAGUGCAGUGUCCCUACCUCUUUGUGAAAAGACAGUUCAGGUGAUUUUUUUUGUCUGUUUUACCAGCAGGGUCAACAACUCUGUUAGUUUGUUUUACAAUGAAUGCGUUGGGCUUUUAAAUCUUACAUGCUAAAGCAGCAAGAAAUAAAGCCAAGAACAGUUUUGUGUCAUUUGUGGGGCCCCAGGACGUGCUCACAAAGACUGCAGCAACACCUUUGAACCUUUUAAAACAGGCUACUGUGGACUGUUCAAAAGAUCCACUACCCUUCUGUCCAAGACCCACCUGUGACAUGCACCACUAACUUUACUAUGUUUAAAUAAUUGCACUGCAAGUGCACUCUAGGAUAAAAAGCCAGUAUUUUAAAUAUUGGGGUUUCUUAUGACGAUGUGUUACACACUGUAUAAAACACUUCUGCUUUCUGGUAUUUCCAACCCUGAAUAUUUUUAUUUUUGUUUUAUCUUUUUGUUUUUACUUUUAGUUUCAUGUUGGACUUUUUGUUUAUUAUUAUUGAUAUAGGCCUGUUCUAUAAAAAUAAUUCUGGGCAUAACUACGACUAUGUUUCCAGUACCUCAUUUCUACUUUUUAUUACUGCCUGUACAAGUUCUGUGAAUUGGUCAUGUUAUGGGUAGGUACUUGUGGACCCUUGUAGUAUAUAAAUGUUACUUGAAUUUGUGCUUUUAUUAUAGUAUGUGGCAUGUGCGUACAGCUACUUGGCAUUUGCCCUAUGGAUGCUAUUACCUGCCCAGCAGGAAAGCUUAAAAAAAAAUAAAAAAAUAAAGCAGAUUUAAUUCCCGUGGAUUAAUAAAAACAGAAACAGAUAGCUACAAUUGAUCUGCUUUUUUUUUUUUUAAGAUAUCUAUCAUUUUUAUUUUUUCACACAAUUCUGGUGCGAGUUGUUCGCUCUGAAGAAGGUACUGAGUUGGUGCUAAUGUUGAUGAGGACAGUUCUUUUUGUUCAAUUUUUCAUUUUGUUCAUUUUUCUUUUUUUUUCUUUGGAAGGGGAAUGUUUAAGAGAAAGUGAUAUGCAUGGUGGGGUAUUACUGCCUCUGGUGUUUUGAUUGUAAUGUAUUUGGUUUGAUGUUUUGUCCAAAAUCUCUUCAGUAAAUAAAUUGUGAACUGCA